AUGAAAUUCCCGACCUUCCUCUCCCUCACGGGACUGCUGCUACUCCUCCCGACAUCGACAUUCGCCCUCCCGCAACAGAGCAGCAAACAAUCCACUCCCGCAAAGCACUACAACAACAACAACAAAAGCAAAUGCACCGCUCCCGUCAAAAGAGUCGAAUGGCGCCAAAUGCGACCGGCAGACCAACAGAGCUACCUCGACUCCGUCCUCUGUCUGAAGACGAAACCGUCGCGGAUCGGAUUGAACAGCAGCACGCUCUAUGACGACUUUGCCUACGUGCAUUUCAACCUGAGCAAGCAGAUCCACGGCUGCGCCGCCUUCCUCCCCUGGCACCGCUACUUUACCCUCGUCUACGAAGGCGCGCUCCGAGGGGAAUGCGGGUACAAGGGCCCCAUGACGUUCUGGGACUGGACGCAGGACAAUUUGAAACUGCUGGAAUCGCCCGUGAUGGCGGCGAAGCUAGGGUUCGGGGGCCAAGCGAGCAGCACACGUACCGAGACACUGCGGUCGGGUUCCAAGAUUAAAUGUGUGGACGAGGGUCCCUUCAAGAAUUUGCGCCCCAACUGGAUCGCGUUCAGCCCGAACGAGGUCGUGCAGCAGGAACAUUGUUUCUUUCGCGAUGUGAUUGACGGACCAAACAACCGCGAUGCGGUGGCGAUGGCGCCGGCGUAUACGGCGGAGAACAUUCGGAAGAUUCAGGAUGAGGAGGAGUUUUAUGAGACGUUUGAACAGCAAUUGGAGGGGAGUCCGCAUGGCGUGAUUCACGCGUCGUUGGGAGGCGAGAUGAAUCCGACGACUUCGCCGAAUGAACCGCUUUUCUUCCUGCACCACCCGCAGAUCGAUCGCAUCUGGUGGCAGUGGCAGCAGAAGAAUAUAACCGAGCGCCAGGAUCAGUAUUUCGGUACCAAGCUUGAUGCAUACGGCUUCCGGGAGGGUCCUGCGUCAUUGAAUGACGUGCUCAAGAUGAAUGGUCUGGCGCCGGACAUUACCGUGAGGGAGAUCAUGAACACUGCGGAUCCGCGAUGGUGCUACACGUACUAG